AUGGCUGACCCUCUAUCGGCGGCGGCAUCCGUGGCUGGGCUGGUGUCCCUCGGACUGCAAGUUUCCAGUGGCAUCAUCAAGUAUAUUGAUGCGGUCAAGUCCCGGGAUGAGGAACUCACUCACAUUCGAAAGAAGAAUGAUAUUCUCCUAAGUGUCAUUGAGGCGAUUCAGCGGUCUUGUUCAAGCUCAAGGACUCAAUAUCCUCAAUCAACUGCCGCUGUGACACAAACAUUCCAGUUGUGCGAUACGCAACUCAAGGCUCUGGAUAGCCUUCUAGCAGGAUUAACCAACGGGAGUCUGAACCCCAGUACCCAUACCAAAGUGAGGGAUUUGGGUCGAAAAGUCAAGUACCCGUUUAGACGGGAGCAGGUCAAAGCAUUAACAUCCACCCUUGAUCAAGCCAUUGCAACUCUGCAGCUCGCUGUGCAAGGCCUAGAAUUGGACGUGUCUCAACAAAACAAUGACAAGCUGAAUACCUUGCAAACGGACCUGCUGACCACGUCGGCCGCAGUGCGGUCAGGCCACAAUGAUAUUCAAAAUAUCAUCAAGGAACUGGGCCUCCAGACCGAGUCCCAGACCUUGAGACUAUCUGCAACAUUCACCCAAAGCGCUGGCUCGCUGCGUCAGGAUGCCGUGGCUAUUCAAGGGUCCCUAGAGACUUCGAUUCGGCCAAUCGUCACAGGUGUCCACCAGCUUGAUGUCAAUCAGUGCCUCCAUCAGUCAACGCUUGAUGCGAUACAACGAGCUAACCAGUCUUACCAAACAAAUCUCAACCAGAGACUCAAUCGUAUCGAGAAACUUCUACUUGAGAGUGCCUUUGGGGGAGCUGAAACUCCUGAGAACCAAUCUGUUGGAAACUUUCAAAAUUCCAAGUCACACAAGCAGAUAAUGCGGAGGAUCGUUGCAAAGCCUCAAAGCCUCAGAGACGUUUGUGAUGCAUUCGAGCUGGAAGCGAACAACGAAGCUCAUGACACACACCGGACUUUGGCAUUAUCAGCAGGUUACGCUACCACGGACUCAGCGCGCUCGAUUGAUGACCUAAGUAACCGCUAUAAAUGCAAUUGCAAUGCACGAAUCAGACACCAACAGCAGGGGACAUGGCUAGGGCCAUUUGGUUUCUUUCACAGAACAGAGUCCAUGGCGCAUCUACCCGAUUGUCCUGUGGCUGAGUUUCCAGCAAUAGGUGCCCCCAAUGAAGUUGGUGUCCGCCUUCUAGGGCUUCGGAACCUUCUAGGAGGCGCAAUCACAUUGUCAUUCAAGUUGAGCUCGGGUGCAGGCGGCUUCAGUAUAAGCCCAGGCUUCACUUAUUACCCGACCGUUGAUGAGCGCAAUGAACCAGCUUUCCGAAUCCUCUCGCUAAUGAGGACCGUAUCAUUGGAUUUCGACUCUUUGGGAGUGUUGGAACAUGUUGGUCAAUACAAAGAUUUCAUGAAUAGGGCUAAAGUUAAGUUGAAGGAGCUGUUCAGAAACGGCAAAUCGAGUUUUUUAGUCGUCAACUCCCAAAACCGCAACCUGAUUCACGCUUUGCUGGCAGUUCUUACGUUCGAUGAUCGAAAUAUGUCCGAGCACUGCGAUGAUUACCUUUGUGAUCUUUUAGAGUUCUUCAAGUAUCAUCAAGUCCCUUUGAUGGAGUACGAUAUAAAUGGCCGAAUGACAGCAUUCGGCUGUGGGCCUCUGACUCAAGCUACACUUGCAGACAAUCUAAGUGAAGUACAACGAAUACUCGAAAACAAUGCACGGGCAUUGGAGGAGCGAGAUCUCUACGGCAGAAGCCCGUUGCAUUUCGCUGGAGCCAGACCAAAGAUACUCAGGUAUUUACUCAAGGUCGCAAACAUCGAUCAAUUGAAUGCAAUCCUGAGCGAAGGUGCUCUAGAUGCAAUUGUGCGGAUUGCUAUAACCUUCAAAGUCAAGAAGUUUUGGACUAGCUUUUGCUACGAGAUCGAGGGGUAUAUGUACCCCGCGCCCUGGAAACAGGAAAAGGCAACCCCGGUACAUACUCAAAUGAAUUUCGGCGCACUGAGUCCAAGGGACGCCAAUUAUUCCUACCGGAUCGGAUUCAUUGAUACAGACCCACAACCACCACAAGAUUUACCCAUUUGGAGGCACGCACUAAGGCUGGACUAUUUACUGUGGCUCAUCGACCAUGGGGUUGACAUGUCCAGGAGAUUGAAGCGACAGUCAAACGAGAUUUGCAACGCUCAUUGUAUUUUGGCUAAUGUUGGACAAUACCUCCAUCGCUGGGAGACGGGGUAUCCAAACGGAUCGGAGCGUUCUGAUAUUGAAAAAUUGCUGCGCCGAUGCAACGAAGCCAACAUUGCUGACAGCUGUCGGUGCCCUUGUUCGCCUGGAGGAUGUACACCUCAGACAUCUAUGCUGAAGUCUUUCGCGAAUUAUCCUUCGUCGAAAGACUACUUACUUCUGGAAUUUCAGCCAUAUAUAGAGAUGUUUGAUAGGCCUUGGAGCUUAGAGGAUCAUAUGAGAGCCAUCAGAUUCUUCACCUUUGACGCGUUGGAGCUCACCCAUAGCUGUUGUGAUCAGAAUUGGGAUUUGAGUGAUAUCGAUGAGGCGGAGGAGGAAGAAGAUUCAUUUAUGCUCGGCUUGUUCGAUGAGCUUGUAUUAGAGUUUGAGGAUCACUUCCGUUCUAUACCAGAGGGACAUUCGUAUCUUGGCUUCUGGAUGUCAAUUUGGAAAGUUAGAAUUGAAGAGGUCUGGAAAAUUCUUGACGCAAGGGCCCUGACCAAAGAGGAGAUUGAAGGAGCUAUCAACCUAGGAGUGGUGUGGGAUCAUAGCCCUAGACGAAAGGUGCAAAGGGGACCGGAUAUUUGGUUCAGUAAACUAGAUGAGAUUGAUUAG